CUCUCUUCUCAUCGUCACCACAUCUCAAGCCAUGCCCAACCCCCAGCUCAGUGCUAUUUCUGCAUCGCAGGCCGCCAAGCGCAAGUCCGCUCCGCGCGACGAUGAGGGCGACUCGGACUCAGACUCGGAUGUGUCCAUGAUCGACGUCGACUUCGACUUCAUGAAUCUCAACCCCGACGUGGACCAGAUCGCAUUGAAGCGGCUUCUCCGUCAGACGCUGAGCCAUGACCAGCACCUCGUUGACGUGCACCCCCUCGCCGACUUGAUCCUUACCGAGGGCACACGCCUGAAGGCCGGCAGCACGAUCAAGACGGAGGGCGAGGAGAGUGACCCAUGGUGUCUGCUCGCGGCGGUCGACGUUAACAGGUGUCAUGCCGACCCCGCCCUCAAGCCUUUCCUCACCUACCUCCUCUCGCACAACCCUCCCGUUGCCAUCAAGACGGCACUGGAGGGCACAGGACCGUCUACCGCCUUCCUCUUCUCCCUCCGUCUCCUCAACCUCCCUCUGCCCCUCAUCCCGCCGCUGUACAAGAUGCUCGGGAGUGAGCUGGGCGAGUCAGGCGCUACGUUCGAGCAGUUCAUCCUCUGGGGGCGCGGGUACAAGCUGGAGGGGAAGGAGGAGGCGAUGGGGCUAGAGCUGAACACUGUGUCGAAAACGAACAAGAAGACCAAGGGCGGCGUAGAGCCUCUUGCGGCCGGCUCGUUCCCGUACCACCAGGAGGAGGAGAUGAUUGAGGCGCGCGCCAAGGCGACGUUCACAUACUCGCUCAAGACGGCGCCGCCACGCGACGAGGAGUCGUUCGGCGUUGAGCAGUUUGGGCGGCUGAUCCUCAUUGAUGCUGCUAAGCUGGCGCAAGCCGUCGAGGCCAUGGAGAAGGCGUAAUAGUGUUACUUGAUAGAGGCGGAUGCACAUGUUGUUCAGCA